AUGUCUCCGACCAUUCCGUCCUGGCCCUUUGUAACCACAACUAUCACUCUGGCCAUUAUCUUCAUCUCCCUCCGCGCAAAAAAACGAAGCAAGACACCUUACCCUCCUGGACCCAGGCCUCGGUUUUUUGUGGGAAACUUAUUCGAUAUUCCCGCGAGUCAUCCAUGGAAAAUAUAUCGCGAGUGGGGAAAAAUUUACGGUGACCUGAUUCAUUUCGAGGUCAUCGGACAACAUACUGUUGUCGUCAACUCUCGUGAACUUGCUGACAGGAUGUUCGAAAAGCGCUCUCGAGUCUAUUCAGACCGCCCUUUGAUUCCUAUGCUAGACCUAACUGGUUGGAUGAAAUUGAACACCGGUCUGAUGCGGUAUGGAUCGGAUUGGCGAAUACAUAGAAGGCUUUAUAAAGAAGGAUUUCGGGCUACUUUGGUUCCGAACUACCAGGAUGUGCUUUCCUCAAAAGCUGAGCAAUUCGUGUCGAGCUUGCGUCAAAACCCUGAUUCAUUUGUGAACCAUAUAAGAACCUAUUCUGCCGCUACUAUAAUCGCAACUGUAUAUGGAUACGAUAUCGCACCAUCUAAUGACCGGUUUGUCGACCUCGCAGAACAAUCGGUCGGGACACUCUCGGAUGCUGUACAUCCAUCUGCAUUUGUUGUGAACGUUCUACCGUUCCUGCGCCAUCUUCCUCUUGCGUUCCCAGUCUUUAAGUUUCAACGGAUCGCACGAAGAACUCGAGGAAUGCUAAAUGAAAUGCGGACUGUACCAUACGAAUUCGUCAAAAAUAAUGUGGCAACAGGAAAAGGGAAGUUUUCUUUCCUCGCCAAACUACUGGAGGAUCAUACAGUCAAUGGUGGAGACAAGCACCAAAAAGACAUUAUAAAAGAUGUUGUAACUACAGCCUACGCCGGUAUGCCAGUGUUUUUGAAUUGUUUCAUUCCAAUGACGCCAACCAAUGUUCUCAGCCGGUGCAGAUACUGUGCGUGGCAACAGAACAAAUCAGUUCUUAAGUUGAAGUUGAAUCUUAUUUUUAUUGUUCAGACUGUUUCUGCACUCGUCACCUUUGUCCUCGCUAUGGCUCUACACCCAGAAAUUCAGAAACGGGCACAAAACGAGCUCGAUGUUGUCGUGGGGAAAGGCCGGCUUCCAACCUAUGUGGAUCGGUUUGGUUUACCCUACGUAGAGGCCAUCUUUCGCGAAGCGCUACGUUGGUCACCGGUCCUUCCUCUAGGUGUUUUUCAUGCCUCAUUCGUGGACGACAUAAUAGACGGCCAUUUCAUUCCAAAAGGGGAGUAA